AUGCCAGAACUGAAAGAAUCAAAUAAUUUUCUUCGGAUGCGACUCGAACGCCCGAACGAAGAUGGAUCGAGCUCUCCAUCUUCAAAUGUUCUUCGCCUGUCGCUGAUGGGAGCUGAAGCCACCAUCGAGGAGCAGAAGUUGGACAAUCUCAAAGGCGGUGAGGAGCAAGACGACGUCCCAGAAAAUGAUGCCGGGCGGGGGAAGCAGUCAUUGACGUCGCCAGGGGUGAAUGAUGAAGCUGAUUUGAAGCAAGAGAUCCAGAUCUCUAGGAAAGGGCAGGACAAGAUCACGCUCAAACCACUCCUUCCACAGCGGCUAGUGCAGAUUCCGAUCGUGACAUAA